AUGUGGAAUUCAAUAAGGAUGUGUAUAAUCGUUUUUACAUUUUUGUCUACCUUUCAUGGCAAAAUUUAAUUGGUUAUUUAUUUUUCCUCAGAAUACAAUGAAAUUAUAGAUUAUCUGCAGAAAGUGAAGGAGUACUUGACAAAUACCAUCUCACACCUUCAAGAGGCAGAAAAUAAAUUUUAUGCUGAAAGCUGCAGACAAGAUAGUGGUUCUUGGAACCAGACUGGUGAAAAUGCUUUUAGAGAAACAGAUGUGCAUUAUUCGGAAGGAGAAGCAACAGACUCUGUGCAAGCAUCUUCCAGUUCCUGUCAGCAAUUCCAAAGAACUCCUUCCCUGAACAAGACAGAAGGUCAAAAUGUUAAUCAAACCCACACAAAUGAAAUUAAAACUGUGGGAAAAGUUGUAUCCUUAGCUGAAAAUAAAUCUGCUCAAGAACAGGACACCAGCAGAGACUCUCCAAUGAAAAAGGAAGAUGGUGAACACCAACUACUGACCAUCUCUUUUACAGAGAAAAAAGAGUGCAAUGAAAAGGAUAAACUUCAUGGAGAUAGCUCUGUUACUGAAAAGCCUCCAGAACUGGCUUUUCAGGAUGCUCUCACAAGCAGUGAGGAAGACAUUCUGUCUGGAACAUUGAAAGACAUUAAUGGCAGAAGCAUCAUAAAUUAUUUUGAGGAAGAGAAAAAGGAAGUAGUAAGGGACAAUUUAAAAGGGCUAGAAAGUGAAGAGCACAGACUGACAGAGAAAAUAGAAGACAGUAAAAUGGAAAAAAAUAAUGACAUUUUUAGAAAUUACCUAAGUACCUUCACAUCUUCAGCACAAACCUAUGAUCUUACUGAUGUGAAUCCUUCUGUGAGUGAUUCAGAAGUACAAAAAUCUAGAUACUGGAUGAACAAAGAAUUUCUAGUCAAAGGGUGUGGUAAAAAUAAACAGGAAAUAGCUUGUUUUAUUAAAGCCCCUUCAAGUGUUCUGGAGAAUCUGAAGUGUAAUAUACUCAAUGACAGUAGUUCCUUGGUGGUGGAUGACUCUGAGGAGCUGGUCAGCAAUGUCAUCAGUAUUGAAUGUAAUGAUUAUGAAAAACUACUUUUCCCUAUCAACAUUGCAAUCCCAUUUACAUCAUGCUUCAGAGGAAAUUAUCGGGAGAUUAUGGUGAAGGUGACUGAUAUGAACUUUCAGUCAAACUACUUAACUCCUAUUUCUUUGCAAGGACACCAAGGAAACCAUAAGGAAAGCUUUGCAGAAGUGAAAAUUUAUCAUCUGGGUGUUUUUUCUGUGUUAUCAUGCUUAAAGAAGGAAACAUUUACUGUUCCAAAGAUAGGACUCCUACAAAAGCUGAACAUGGAUUCUAGAAUCUCUUUCCAUUACCAUCCAGAAGUAUUCAGUUCUCCAGCACCUAUGCAGUUAAAGGUUCAGCCAAUUGAGCCAUCAUUGAUUUCAGCAUUGAAAGCAAGGCAUGAUAUGUAUCACUCAGUCAUAUCUACUAGUGUAAUGGUUCAUGUCCAGCAUCCUUCAGGCCAACCCUUUAACAGCUCAGUCACUGUUACUCUACCCUGUCCUCCAAACCCAGACAAAAAAAGGCGAGGAGAUGAGACAGGGCACACAAGAGCCAUUAGUGCUACAGUGAAGAGGGUUGCUGCAGCAUACCAUCCCUGGGCUGUGAGCACUUCUGUGAGAAAAAGUGGGGACAAUCUCAGUGAUACUUUGAAAUUAUUAGGUCAUGGAAACAAAGAAGAGGGGUGGAAGGUGUUUGAUGAUGUUAUAAUCCAGAAUGCACAGAAUGGGCUUGUAUCUUUUGAACUAAACAAGCAUUUAGAAAGCUUUGUGGUCGUUCGCCUUUCAUUCCUUUUGGAAAACAACUAUCUUCUCCUCUUUGCUCAGGCUCUGGAAGAAGCUCUCUGUAGCACCAUGGCUAAUGUGAUACUGUAUCAGAAGAGAGAAAACCCGUAUAAAAUAGUGGUUUUGCUAUCUGCCUCCAAAGAAUUGACCAAUGAACUUCAAAAUCUCCAUGAGGAGGGUUAUUUUGGUCCCCCAGAACCUACACAUCAGUUCCCAUUAAGACAAGGAGAGCAGAUUCAUUUUAGAUUUAGAGGAAAUAUUUCUGCUUCAGAGAAUGGAGAAGACUUCAGGAAAGCCUACAGACUGAUAUUUCAUUCACAAAGACAGCCAAGGAUGGAGCUCCAAAUUAAAGUAGUGGAUGAAUAUGGUAACUACAGCUCACCUCAUUACAAAGGAACAGCAGUGUUUUAUAAAAUUACCAGAGAGAUGAUACCAAAGAAAUGGGAACAAAACUUACCAUAUCAUGAAUAUCAACACCAGGCUCCACUGUGCAAAUUAGCAUUAACAUUGCCAAAGCAUGAAAAAUUGAUCCACCAUCCACAAAGCACAAAAAGAUUUUUUUCUGAUUCAUCAGAGGCCCAGUGGGACAAGUUGCUGUUCUGGCUUGCAGAAGAGCUUGCAGAAGAUAACACAUCAUUGUGUGCUUUACGUUUACCUGUUCGACGGAGCGUACUUCAGCUUGUUCGGCUGAAGUGCCCUGAUAAUUUAACACACCAGAUCUAUGAGCUGCUUUGCUGCUGGAAAAAGACCCUUCCAAAGUCGGCUGAUAAACAGCAGCUGCUGUCUCGCUAUCUGCAGAAGAGUGGCAGAAGUGAUCUUUCAGAAGAACUUUGUUUAAAGUGGCAAAAUAAGGUGUUCACUUGACAGAAUCACUGGCAACUCACAGCCCCAUUUGUCUUCUUUCUUGUUGAAGUGUAUGAAUAUUUCCAUGAUACUUCUGGAUAAACAAGUGACAGGGACAUCAGUCAGGAUAAGGCCAUUUAUUUGUUACUUUGCAACCUCUUUACUAAAGCAAAGUAUAAUAGCCAUGGCCUUGCUUGAUAAAAGUGACUAUUUCUUAUACAGAAAAGUGAGAUAUUGAAAAUACAAGUAUGAAGAAUUAUAAACCUAUCUGCACAGAUUUCUGAGGACUUUAACUGUUUGCACAUGCCAUAUUCAGUCAACACAAUAUUUCUACAUAUCUUAAACAUUAGAAAUUAUUCAAUAUCUCAAAAUCAUAUGAAUCGUUCUAUAAUAUAUGGACUACUCUAUAUAUUAAUUACUACAAAAUAUUUCAGAUGUACUAAUGUACAGAUAGAGGUAACUUCUUCCUAUGUUCACAUUUGUUAGUACUUAAUUCUACUUUUAUAUUCACCAUGAAUAUUUUUCAUCCUUGUGAAUAUCAUACAAGAUUUCAGGGUUAGCUUUCCUGAAUUUAUGAUAUUUGUUGCCUCACUUUAAACUGUCAUUGUAACAGUAUUUUAGGUUACCAUCGAAUGUGUAAAAAUAACUAUUUCUUCAUAAAAAUUUUAAAACU